CGGAACGGAACGCAGUUCUAAUAAUUUUUCUUCAUUCACCUUCGCUUUACUUGUUUCAUUGACGUUUUUCUUGUUUGUAAAUAAUAAUUGCUGGAAAUAGUACGCAAUGUGAAAUUGUACGCAUUCCUCGUUCCAUUGCACAUUACGUAAACGUUAAACAUCGUUUAGUAGUCGAAUUGAUAGCGCAAGAAAUAUCCUAACCUAAUGUGUGUCUUGUUCUACUGAGGUGUUGAAGCUAUGAUAGAAGAUAAUGCCUCAAUUUAGAAGAAAAAAGGCGUCAAAGUCGUUCCCAGUUAAAGUGUGUACGCUAGACGCUGAAUUGGAAUUUAACCUUGAGUGGAGAGCAACAGGAAGAGACCUAUUUGACCUAGUAUGCAGGACUAUAGGCCUGAGGGAAACAUGGUUCUUUGGGCUGCAGUUCGAGGACACAAAACAUUUUAUAAGCUGGCUGAAGUUGGAUAAAAGAGUACAAGACCAAUGUGUCUCCCAAAUGCCGGGCACUCCAUUCAUGUUACUCUGCAAGCUGUACCCUGAGGAUGUAGCCGAGGAAUUAAUACAGGAGGUGACACAGCAUCUCCUGUUUCUACAAGUUAAGCAAGCGAUACUCAGCAUGGAUAUCUACUGUCCCCCGGAGGCCUCCGUCCUGCUGGCGAGCUAUGCUGUCCAGGCUAAGUACGGCGACUACGACGAGAGUGCGUACAAGCCUGGUAUGCUGGCCAGCGAGGAUCUAUUACCACAGCGGGUCAUCGACCAGUACCAGAUGACGCCGGAAAUGUGGGAGGACCGUAUUAAAAUAUGGUAUGCUGACCACAAAGGGAUGUCGCGGGAUGAGGCCGAAAUGGAGUAUCUCAAGAUAGCACAAGAUCUAGACAUGUAUGGAGUCAACUACUUCGCUAUUAAAAACAAGAAAGAAACAGAAUUAUACCUAGGAGUAACAGCGUUAGGUCUAAAUAUAUAUGAGAAAGAUAACAAAUUGACUCCGAAGACAACAUUCCCGUGGUCUGAGAUCAAGCACAUAUCGUUCGACGACAAGAAGUUCGUCAUCAAGUUCGUUGAGAAAACUACGAAUAACUUUAUAUUCUUCUCGCCUAAAGGAAUGAAUAAAUUGAUACUAGACUUGUGUAUCGGUAACCACGACUUGUACAUGAGGAGACGGAAGCCUGACACCAUGGAGGUGCAGCAAAUGAAGGCACAAGCCAAGGAAGAGAAACAGCGUCGUCAGAUAGAGCGCAAUAAGCUAGCGCGAGAGAAACAACUGCGUGAAGCGGCGGAGCGUGAGAGACAGGCCAUGGAACAACGGCUCAGGCAGUACCAGGAGGAAAUACGACUCGCUAAUGAUGCACUGCGUCGUUCAGAAGAGACGGCUGAGCUUCUAGCAGAGAAGGGAAGAGUCGCAGAGGAAGAAGCUUCUCUUCUAGCGCAGAAAGCAGCCGACGCUGAACGAGAGAACGCCAGGCUCCGGCUAUCUGCUAUCAAGACUGAGGAGGAGAAGGUUCACUUAGAAAGAAAGACUCGCGAAGCAGAAUAUCUAACAGCGCGUUUGGUAGAAGAAUCGGAGAAGCGGGCGGCAGAAGCGGAGAGAUUAAAAGCCGAACUUAUAGCCGCGAGGAUGGCGGAGAAGCAGGCGAAAGAGAAGCUUCUAAACUUCCUGAGCAGAACUUCCACCGGGUCUCUCCCACCCGUCAGCAAGCCUUCGAGGAAGUUUGAGGAGCUGGAGACUAAGAUGACUGAGAAGCAGUCCAGUGAAAAACUGAUCAGCUAUUUGAAUGAUACUUACAAUGGAUCUUGGGAUCUUGGUCCUCCGUCAUCGACGGUCCCGUCCAGUUUGUUCCCGUCAACAUGUUCGUUACCGGCGGAGCUAGGGGGCGAAGUCUUACAGAACGGCACCGCCACCGUCACGGAGCCCGAGCUCAACUCAUACCAACUUGUACCUGAUGACUCUGAUCCUCAUAUACAUCGGCUGUCUUUGGAGAUUGAGAAGGAGAGAGUGGAAUAUUUAGCAAAAUCGAAGCAUCUUCAGCAACAACUAGACGAGCUGCGUUGCGAGUUUUCAGUACUCCGAGUAGACCAGUCUACUGCGACAUUAGAUAGACUACAUGAAGAACAGACCAGGGCUGGUGAUAACAAGUACUCCACGCUGCGGAAACUGAAGCAAGGGUCUACUAAGACCAGGGUCGCCUUCUAUGAAGAGCUGUGAGAUAUUAUGGUACUCGUUACCGUGUUCCGAGAGAUGCAUAAGUAGGUAAACUAUUGAUGAUACAUAAUAGUUGGUAACAUUAUUGUGACCAUACAGGGACAUACAGGCGUGUCUCUGACGAAUGACAGUAAUCACCAGACAGUUUACCAACCGUGGUGAUUUUGGUGAUUAACGAAAACUGCGAUUAGGUAGUAACAAUGAAUUGAUUUGAAAGGACAAUACAUUAAGAGACGCAUAGUAUCUAUGAUAUUUGAAGUUUUUCUUUAAUUUCUGAGAAGGAAUGAUUUAAUAAUAACAUUUUAGGUAUUUAUGUUCUCAAUUUUGACCUAUGACUGUUGCUAAAAGCAAUUAUGAACCUUAUUUUUACAGUAUAGAGGUUAUUUUACAAUAAACCGAUUUUGGUUGGAAAAUAUUCAAUUUUUUUUUAGUAGUGAGUUCAAAAUAUUUUUUCAUGUAAUUAAUGUGUUACUAAUAUUAUAAAAAUAUGUAGGUAAUGAUUUGCAGAAAAAUGUACAAUUAGUAUACACAAAUAAAUUAAUCGAAAUUUCUACUGAAUUCAAAAAGAGGCUCAUAUUCAUAUUACAUUUUUUAUAUGAAAUAUGCUUCAUAUGGUAUAUCGCUUAUUAUAUGGCAUGUAUAUUGUAUAUGCAUAAUAAUUUAUAUGUAAGUAUAACGACAUUAAUGAAAUCAACGAAAACUUAAUGCGGUACUAGCGCCCGAAUACUGAAAGGUUACUCAAUUUUAAAUUGGCCCCUGUCAUGCAGAAAAGGUCCAGCCCACAUUUUUAUUACUUUUGAGUAAUUUAAGUUUAAUGUUGGGCAGAUAAUAGAACAAUCAUAUGACACAGUACCUAUUGAAUAGGAACUAUAUAUGAUUACUUUAAACUUCAUUUACUCAAAUGUAAUAAAAUGUGGGUUGGAUCUUUUCUGCUUAACAGGGUCCAAUUGCGUUUAAUUAUAGUUCUGUCGCUACAAAUUCUAUGUAAAAUGACAGGGAUGGCACGAUAUUUAAGAACAACUUUGAAUUGUGUAUAGCCAUUCAGUAUUCGGGCUCAAUAGGCUUGUAUCCUAAGUUUUAUUUUAAUGUCCGUCUGGUAGAUUAUUUUAAAACAUUAGACAUGUAUUUUUUUCUUUUCUUACAAAAUUUAAUACUUUCGACGAUAUAUUGAUUUGAAAUAUCGUGUGACGUCACGAUUUCCUACAUUUUAUAGUGUAGCGUGAUUUGACGACCUUCCAUUUCUAAACUUAACUCCGUUUUAUCUAUUUUAUCUAAGCAUUGUUUCUUAUACAACAAAAUUAAAAAAAUAUGUGUCUAAUAUUUUUUUCAUUAUGUAACUGGCGGUCUAAUUACAUUUUUAAUUUUCAUACCCUAUCUAUGUCUGUUUUAUACAACUUUCAAAACUAUUACCGACUUUCUUUAAUUAAUUUUAUUAUUGCAGUCAAAAGUUUUAAACCAGUUACAAAUUUACUUUUAAUUUACUUUUUUUAAACAAAUAUCAAGGCAGGCAGUCAAAGUCAGAGGCACAACAAGGGCGGUUAUGACUAGGUUCUUUUAAACUCUUAAGAAAAAAAAAGCCCCGCUUAGUGGGGCUCGUUUAAAAAUUAUGACAAUAAUAAAUAUGAAUUUUGGUACAGAGGUACCAUAGAUACGGUAUAUGAUAAAAGUAUAUCACCAUGAACGAAACGUAAUAAAAUCAUUAGAAAAUAUAUGAAAUGCAAUUAUUGAAAUUUAGUGUCUUCUAUGAUAUUUUGAACAUCCAAAUUUUGACUUAUUUGGUAUAAGUAGAUGCGUUACUAGGAAUCGUGUACAUAGUAUAAAACAAGUGCCUUAUAUUGAAAGUAUAAUAUUCAUAUUACAUAGUACAUAUAUAAAAUA